AUGCCUGGAGUCAGAACAAAAAAUCAACCUGCAUCCUCCUCGGCUUGUUGGCCGUAUCCACAAUCGCAGGAGCCUUUGUUACGCGCACAAUAUCAGAAUAUACUGACCUCGAGAUUGAUAACCUUCAUUAUCUUCUCCGAACGCUGUCAUUCGGCGCCAGUGCCAUCGCUACAUGGCUCGUCCCAUACAUCGAGCGACAAGAUCGGCGCCUAUCUCAUCAAUUCUGGCGCACAUCACUGCGUAGUGUGGGCGAGUGAUGGGUGCUUGUAUCAAGACUCGGCGACUGAUUUCUCGAGGUCCACAGAUAACACUCACCCUCUCCUGGGUCCAUCAAUUUGA